AUGUCGGCCAUCCUGUCCAAGUUCGAGAGUGCCUUGGCACAUCGCUCCUCCAAGGAUGGUCUUACUGAUGCCGAGGUCAGCUUGGCUCUUGGUGUCCCGCCCUCCCCUCUCUCUUCACACGUGCCAGGAGUCAUCACCACCGCGCGAGAUGUAGUCCACACAGUCACCAAGUCCGUCUUUGAUGGAACAGCAUUGCGGAACAUCACUGCCCUCGUGCAGCUCUCUGGUCAGCUGUUUGCCCCUGGUGCGCCUUUGGACGAUCGCAAAUACCUCCUCGAGAGAGUGGUGCAACUACUGGCAGACACGAAUGGCAGCAUCGCAUCCACCCUGGUUGGCAACCAGCUUGUAGCCACCCUCUUCGCCGACCUUCAACACCCUCCAGUCACAAUCAUGGGCCGCGAAAACGAGUUCCGCUCUGUCGAUGGCUCGGGCAACAACCCAUACCAGCCCACUCUUGGAGCCGCACGCACACCGUACGCGAGGAACGCGCAAAGAAAGGCACCCCUUGUCACGCCUGAUGCGGGCAUCGUCUUUGACACGCUUCUUGCACGCAAGGGCUUCAAAUCUCACCCGCAAGGUAUUGCUAGCCUUCUCUUCUCGAUGGCAAACCUCAUUAUCCACGAUGCGUUCCGCACCUCACCAAAGGACGCCCAAGUCAACCUUAACAGCAGCUAUCUCGACAUGCAGUGGCUGUACGGCAACGACGAGCAAAGCCAAAAGUCGAUCCGCACUUUCUCACAAGGCAUGAUCUUCCCCGACACAAUUGCGGACAUGCGUCUCGCGCUUAUGACCCCAUCUUCGACGGCCUUGGCAAUGAUGUUUGCGCGCAAUCACAACUUCAUAGCAAAGAAGCUUUGGCAGCUCGACGAAGGUGAUCGCCUCAAGAACAUGGCUGGUGACAAGGAGCGCGACUACGACAAUUUCCACCGUGCUCGUCUCGUCAACUGCGGCUUCUACGUCAACGUCAUCCUCAGAGACUAUAUUCCAGCUAUCCUGGCUCUUCAAGGCAACGAGUGGUAUCUGAACCCUCUGGAGGACAUUCGUGGGCUCGACGGGGCCCGCGUUCCUCGUGCCACCGGCAACCAGGUGGCCAGCGAAUUUGUGAGUGAACGAGCGUCUACGCUGAUGUAGCGUCCUUGCUGAGCUAUCGUCUGCCUGUCAAUUCCAGAACAUCCUCUACCGCUGGCACUGCACUACCUCCAUGGAGGAUGAGAAAUGGCUCAAUGACACUUUUAUCAAAAUGUUCCCCAACAAAUACGCUGAUGAGGUGACGGUGGCUGACUUCCGCGAUGGUGCCCAUAGUAAGUACAAGGUGCUCGACAACUCAUCCGCACGCCAAGCAACAGUCUUACCGAGCAUUCCUUCGGUUUGGCAGAUCUCGCCAAGAAACUUGGUUCCGAUCCCCCAAAGUGGGAGCUGCACGGAUGGGAGCGCGACUCUCAGGGCAAAUUUGACGACAGCGUCUUGGCCAAGACGCUUCAAGAUGCUACUGAAGAAGUCGCCGGAGCCUUCCGAGCUCGAGGAGUCCCCGAGUGGAUGCGCGUCAUCGACAUCCUGGGUAUGAAUCAAGCUCGCGAGCAGGGACUUUGCACCCUCAACGAGUUCCGCGCCAGUCUGGGCCUCACUCGCCUGGCCAACUUCGCCGAGUGGAAUUCCGAUCCCGAAGUUCAAAAAGCCGCGGAGAAGCUGUACGGCCACAUCGACCAGCUCGAGCUCUUCCCUGGCCUCUUGGCAGAGGAGCCUAAGCCCGCACAGCCCGCCAGCGGACUUUGCCCCGGUCACACGAUCAGCAGAGCUAUCCUGAGUGACGCAGCUUCUCUUAUCCGUGGCGAUCGUUUCUACACCAGCGACUUCACCUCUAGCGCUUUGACCACUUGGGGCUUCCAGUACGCCACUCAGCCUCAGGCCGGCUCUCAGGGAGUCGUGGCCAAAAUGCUGUUCAAUUGUCUACCGACUGAGUAUGCAACGUCCAACUCCACCUUUGCGCUUUACCCCUUUAUGACACCUCCCGCGAUGCUCAAGGUUCUAGAAGGUUAUGGCAAAGCUGAUGAGUACACCAUCCAGCGUCCAGGUCGCUCGUCCAAAUGGCAUGGCACCACCACUUGGCACGGCGCUCACUCUGUCUUCAUGAACACCAAAUCUGGCCACUGCCCUUACGCACCUCGCAUCGCCAACUGCUCCCAGAGCAACGACGCCGUCUUUGUUAUGGGAGUCAACGAUCGCAAAGAGCACGCGCCUCAAAGAGAAGCUCUUGACCAGCUCUUCUUCGGCAACGACUUUAAGAGAAAGACGGCUGCUUUCCUCGAACAGAAGACCAAAGAGCUGCUGGUCGAAAAGUCCAUCCAAGCGGGCAACAAGACGUCGCUGGUUGAUAUUGUUGCAGACGUUACUAUUCUCAGCUUCACCGCUUGGGCAGCCGAUCACUGGGCGAUUCCUCUUCGCGAACAGCUGCCUGGUGCUCCGACUCUGCAAGAGCUUUACAUUGCUUUGGCCACCCAAUUUGCUCACGGUGAGUCAAUCUUGUCGCACCGCCACUCACAUGGUCUGUGCUGAUCUUGAGCUCUGGUCUCACUCUUCUCAACAGUGUUCUGUAACUUUGACUUUAUGGCUGGCGUGCAGGCGCAGCUUCGCGCCGGUGCGCAAAAGUCUGGUGCGCUAAUCGAAAAGAUUGUUGGUGCUCGCAUGUGGACCAUCAAUACUCCAGUCGUCAAGAAUGUGCUGCCUUUUGUGCAGCACUUUACCUCGCUCUUCGGCCCUCGUGGCGAAAAUCUCGUCGAGCCUUCGAAGAGCUCUGUGGAGUUUUACCGCGCGGCUUGGGCCAGCAGUGGCGAUCAGACUUCCGAUCAUUUCAAGUCGGUAGUCACUAAGGUGCACGGUCUCAUGAUCUCGUCGAUCGCCACACAGACGCAGCAAGCUGCUCUCAUCCUCGAGGUGUUCCUACGCCCUGAGCACGACAAGCAUCUCAAACGCCUCCACGAGCUGGCCAAUGGACAAUGGACCGCGUCUGACGAGCAAGAGUUCGUCGGUUAUUUGUGGGAGGGAAUGCGUCUCAACCCACAAGCUCCUGUUUGCCCACGCACAGCGGUGGACGACUUCUCCAUCCGCGACGGAGAGGACGAAAUCCGUGUCAAGAAGGGUGACAGCAUCUUCGUCGGUCAGAAGGCGGCAAACUACGAUGCUAGCGUCUUUCCUAACCCAAAGGAAAUUGAUCCCUUCCGUCCCAAUCGCGAGUCUUACAUGCUUUUCGGCGUCGGCAUGCACCGAUGCCUAGGUGAAGGCCUCCUGGACACCUCUCUGGCCGCUGUCCUCAAGCCUAUUUUCGCUUUGCCCAACCUUCGCACUGCCCCUGGGCCGACUGGUCGUUUCAGCAAGUCAUCGAUGACUCUUCCGGGAGGCACUGAAGUCUACACCUACCAGCUCUUUGGAGCCGACUGGCCUUUCCCAACCUCGCUGCAGGUACUUUACGGUGCGCCCGCCCCAGCCCCAGCAAUCAACCUUCCCGAGCGCACCGCCAGUCAGGCAAGUCUCAUCAGCGACUCUACGCACGGACACAAGCGCAACUUUGCCAGCGAGGCAACUAGCAUUGGAAGCAGCUUCUCUGGCCAUGCUUCAUUGAGCUCUCUUGGCGAUCUUGCCACCCCUGCUUCUGAGAAGCAAAAAGGCUCGCCAGACGCCGUGAACACUGAUCUCCCUUCGCAGUAA